AUGAAAUGGAGCAGGUAUAAAGACCAAAAGACUUCAUUUAUCUUAAACCAGAGAGCCGAGUUGCUUGGGUAUUAUGCUAAGCUAAAGCGUGACAUAAUUCAGAAGAGCGGAACGGAAACUAUCAUCUGGAAGCGUCACGAUAAUGGUACGCUAACAAAAGUACAACUACGCAAUCAACGUGAAGCAGAAAUCGUCGGAAGCUAUCCCUGGAGGGUGGCUCAUGGACUGACGCCGCCGCGUCAAUCAUUUGCUUCCAUCAACAUGCACGGCACAUUACAUCUUGACUCCAUGACUAUAUUGAUACCAUAUAUCGGACUCAAAAUAGUUAACUCGAUUUCUGCCGCUCUAGAAGACCAGAUAUGCUUCAAUCUUUACAGAUUCCUACGCGAUUCUCCAGCAGAGUCUGUGUUGAGUUUUUGUUCUAUGAUACCUGGCACCAGAUGGCCGCAAUUAAAUAAUGUGUGGAUGCAAUUUAUUACUACUUUUGUAACCAAAAAAUACGAUUUUAGUUCACAGGAAUUCCGCUACGCGGAGGACCAACAAAAUUCCCCUGCGUCUCCUACAUAUGAUAGCGAUGCUGAUCCCGAAUUUGUUCCAGACACUGAAAGUGAAUCAGAGGAAGAACCCAAAAGAAACAUUCCCAAACAAAAACAGGAAAUGGAGAAUGAACCGCCAUUGAUUUGUGCUGGUGAAGGCGAAUCUGCAGAGCCCUCUAGACACGCAGCAUCGAAGAAAUAUAAACGCCAGACCGAUAUGUGUUACUUCUGUGAGACGGACGUACAGAACUUUGUACGCCAUCUGCGAAGGAACCAUUUAUGCGAAACAAAAGUUCAGGAAAUAUUUUCACAUCAAAAGAAUUCUGUAGAAAGGAGAAAAUUACUUGCAAUUUUGAAGAAAAAAAGGCAAUUUCAUAAAAAAUUCAGAAGAGUGCGUCAAACCUGUGAAGAAGGCUCGUUCACCAAGUGCAUCUUUUCUUCCGUGCGGAAAUUGUCUUGGAUUCUACAGAUCAAAGUUUUUAUACAGACACAAAAAAAAGUGCUUGGAAGGUCAGUCAGCAAAAAAUGCUCAAUCUGAAGCGCAGAAUCUUCUCGUAAAAAAUAAAAGAAUUGACCAAAGAUUGAAAGUCGAAGUCUUUCCCAGAAUGAGAGCGGACAAAAUAUCUCUUGAGGCUAAAAAUGAUUAUCUUAUUUGUGCCUAUGGUGCUAGAUAUUUGAAAACCCAUAGAGAAAAGCAUUUUAUCAAUGUAACGAGUAGAAAAAUGAGAGAGCUUUCCAGAAUAUUACUAGAAUUGAAAAAACUGGAGCCAACAAUACACAAUCUGUUUGAUGCCCUGAAACCGAAGCACUAUGACCAACUAGUUGAAGCUACAAAAUCAGUAGCAAACUACGAUACUGUUAAUGACACAUUUGAUUCUCCCACAUUUGCCAUGAAUAUAAGUACCGCACUGAAACAGUGUUGUGACAUUGCAAUACACAUGGUUAUAAAAAAUGAACCAUCAGUUGAAACAGCUACUUAUGAAGCUAGCCUCAAAACGAUGAUUAAUUUGCUGCAAUCAAAUUGGAGAUUUGAUGUCUCUGGCCGCGCUGGCAAUGAUUUGAACUUGAAAAAAUUCAAUAAGGUGACUAUUGUGCCAUUAGCAACAGACCUUAGGCUUUUAAAAAACUACUUGUUGUUGAAAGCAGGAGAGGCAGUGAACAGGUUGGCUAGAAAUGCUGCUGAUGCGAACGCUUACACUACUCUGCUGGAGACAGUUUAUUGCAGGGUAAUACUACUAAAUAGAAGGAUGCAAAGGAUGUUUCUUCGCACUUAUGAGAGUUCUGAAAUUAAAAGUGGCGCCUAUGAAGAAUUUGAAGAAGUCAUUACCGAGGCGGAAAAACUACUGAUAAAAAAUCUGAAAAGAGUUGUGAUACGAGGUAAAAGAGGCCGUGGUGUACCGGUACUGUUCAGCCACGAUAUACAGCUUCAUGUCAAAGAAUUACUCAAAGUGAGGAAUAAUUUUGUCCCAAAAGAAAAUCCUUACUUUUUUGGCAAACCACGGCUCACCGGGCCAAUUCAGGGAUAUAAAGUAAUUGCAAAAUAUGCUCAUGCUUGUGGAGCAAAAAAUCCUCAAGCAAUUACUUGUACCAGGCUUAGAAAACACCUUGCAACAUUGAGUCAACUAUUUAGUUUAAACGAAAAUGAAAUCGAACAGUUGUCCAAUUUCAUGGGACAUACACCUGGGGUACAUAAAGACGCAUAUAGGCUACCCGACGAUUUGUACCAGACCGCGAAAAUUUCAAAAUUGCUAAUUCUGAUGGAAAAAGGACAAGCUGGUGAAAAUAAAGGGAAAGGAUUAGAGGAAAUAACAGUGGACUUAGAAGAAGAUCUAUUAGAGGAGAACGGGUGUGAUGACGAGGAUGGAGAAGAUAUGGAAAAGGAAGAAGAGGAUCAGGAUGAAAAAGAAAUAAGAGAAAUGUUAUCUAAUAAAACAGUAGUGUCAGAGCAAAAAGGAAAGAAAAUGGAAUUACCUGUGGCUGUCAAUAAGAAAAAGCGUAUUCUUACACCGUGGACUAGUGCACAGAAGCAAGCAGUAACAUUCUUCUUUAAUAAGAACAUAAAGAUGAAAAAAGCUCCAAAAAGAAAGGACUGUGAAGAAAUUAAAAGUUUAUACCCCGAGUUGCUAGCCAAUAAAGACUGGCUAAAGAUUAAAGUUUUUAUACAAAAUGCGUAUUCAAAAAGAAGCAAAUAAGUUGUAAAAUGUGAAUGUGAAUGAAAAUAAAGAAAUCAAGCUCACUUGAGUUCAUUUAUUUUGACCGCUAGUUGUACUUAGACUGCUAUCAGAGGGUAUCAUUAGUAAAUGUGUGUAUUUCUUG